GGCGAGGCGGUCAGGAUUGCUCUUCUGCUCGGCGGCAGCAUCAUGUACGGAUUCGUCAAUCACGCCCUGGAGCUGCUCGUCAUCCGGAACUACGGGCCCGCAGUCUGGGAGGACAUCAAGAAGGAGGCUCAGCUGGAUGAAGAAGGACAGUUUCUUGUCAGAAUAAUAUAUGAUGAUUCCAAAACCUAUGAUCUGGUUGCAGCUGCAAGCAAGGUUCUUAACCUGAAUGCUGGGGAAAUUCUUCAGAUGUUUGGGAAGAUGUUUUUUGUGUUCUGCCAAGAAUCUGGCUAUGAUACAAUUCUGCGUGUUCUGGGCUCAAAUGUCAGAGAAUUUUUGCAGAACCUGGAUGCUCUGCAUGACCACCUUGCUACUAUUUACCCAGGUAUGCGAGCCCCUUCCUUCAGAUGCACUGAUGCGGAGAAGGGGAAAGGACUCAUUCUGCAUUACUAUUCAGAAAGGGAAGGUCUACAGGAUAUUGUCAUUGGAAUCAUCAAAACAGUAGCUCAGCAGAUCCAUGGUACAGAAAUAGAUAUGAAGGUUAUUCAACAGCGGAAUGAGGAAUGUGACCACAUUCAAUUUUUAAUUGAAGAGAAAGAAUCUAAAGAAGAGGACUACUAUGAAGACCUUGACAGAUUUGAAGAAAAUGGUACCCAAGAGUCUCGCAUCAGUCCAUACACUUUCUGCAAGGCUUUUCCUUUCCACAUAAUAUUUGACAGAGAUCUGGUGGUCACACAGUGCGGCAAUGCAAUAUACAGAGUCCUUCCACAGCUGCAACCAGGAAAUUGUAGUCUUUUGUCAGUGUUCUCCUUGGUCCGGCCUCAUAUUGAUAUUAGUUUCCAUGGGAUCCUCUCACAUAUCAAUACAGUCUUUGUACUGAGGACCAAGGAGGGGCUGUUGGAUGUAGAGAAGCUGGAGUGUGAAGAUGAGUUGACUGGCACAGAAAUCAGUUGCUUACGCCUGAAAGGGCAAAUGAUCUACUUGCCUGAAGCAGACAACAUUCUCUUUCUUUGUUCACCAAGUGUUAUGAACUUGGAUGAUUUAACCAGAAGAGGGUUAUAUCUGAGUGAUAUUCCAUUGCAUGAUGCUACCCGUGAUCUGGUUCUUUUGGGAGAGCAGUUCAGAGAGGAAUAUAAACUGACUCAAGAGCUUGAGAUCCUCACUGACAGACUGCAGCACACACUACGUGCACUCGAAGAUGAAAAGAAAAAGACAGACACAUUACUGUACUCCGUUCUACCACCAUCGGUGGCAAAUGAGCUGAGACACAAGCGUCCUGUUCCAGCUAAGCGAUACGACAAUGUCACCAUUCUCUUUAGUGGCAUUGUUGGGUUCAAUGCCUUCUGUAGUAAGCAUGCCUCUGGAGAGGGAGCUAUGAAGAUUGUUAAUCUUUUAAAUGAUCUUUACACAAGAUUUGAUAUUCUAACUGAUUCACGUAGGAAUCCAUUUGUUUACAAGGUGGAAACAGUUGGAGACAAGUAUAUGACCGUGAGUGGUCUACCAGAGCCUUGCAUUCAUCAUGCACGAUCUAUCUGCCACCUGGCAUUGGAUAUGAUGGAGAUAGCAGGCCAAGUUCAAGUAGAUGGGGAGCCUGUACAGAUAACAAUAGGAAUCCAUACUGGUGAGGUAGUCACAGGUGUCAUAGGCCAAAGGAUGCCACGUUACUGCCUGUUUGGAAAUACUGUCAAUUUAACAAGCAGGACAGAAACUACUGGAGAAAAGGGAAAGAUCAAUGUGUCUGAGUAUACGUACAGGUGUCUUAUGACACCAGAAAAUUCAGAUCCUCAGUUCCACCUGGAAUACAGGGGUCCAGUUUCUAUGAAGGGUAAAAAAGAACCAAUGCAGGUUUGGUUUUUAUCCCGAAAGAGUACAGAGACAGAGAACUCUAUUCCGUAAUACCAUUCCAGCGAUAUUCAGAUCUGCAUCAGAAAUAUAUAUAGAACCAAAGCAAGUGUGACUUGUCCCCUUGCUUGCAUGAACAGAGAUUCACCAGCAACUUCUCUCAGGAGGAACAGAUUUGUUGUAAAUCUUAAAGCAUGCAGAGAACCUCAGAUGCCUGACUGCAGUUUCCAUCUGUCCCCACUUCCAACUAUGCUUCUCUUCUCCCAUGUCCCCAAAUUACUUAUGGGAGCAAGUCAAAAUAUCUUAAGUAGUUCCAUCAGGGAAUGUAGUUGUUGUUACAUUCCUACGUACAACACAUACGAAAGAAAUGUGUGUGUUACCUAUGCUCUGUUCUGUUAUGUACUAAUACUGGUUGCAAGUUGUCAAACAUAUUUCAUCACUGCAUUGAUCCACUACGUUGUUGCUUCAAAGAAAAUCCCUUACUUUUCAAAUUCUACUUGCAUGCAUUCAAGGAAACAAAGCAAGAUACUUUCUGAGAUGAGGGAAGAGGAGAAGGAUCCUGAACAGGGUGCAAUACUGUCUCCAAAUAGGGAGCCAGGCAGUAAGGAUGAGUUAUGAAUGUUACCUUACUUCAUAUCUCCCAUUGUUAUGUGCAGUACCAUUGUCUUUUGCUCGUCCCGAAAUUGUACUCACCAUUUUCUUCCAGGCAUGUUUGCUACUUUUUCCUUAGUGUUUGAUAUUCUCUCUCUGCUAUGAGCAUGUAUUUCAGGCUUUUUUUUUUUAAUAUGCAUUUUUGCAUGUCAGUCCUGUGGCCUUUCCUAUCACCAGUUAGUACUGAAUAAAACUGUAUAACAUGCAUGCCACAACUAACCACUUCAGUCUGAUGCUUCACAUCUUCAUCUUCAUCUCUGCGGUACACAGUGGUUGCACAAAUCGGUGACUUUUCUGGAAAGACAGGAGGCAUUUCAAUUUUUUGGCAGAACAAAGAACCUGAAGAACUAUUUGUAAAAAGUAGUACAUAAAGCAUCAUUAUGGAAACUACUGCGUAAAACUUGUUUAUCAGAUUUACUUCUGCUAUGACCAUGCUUCCUGUUCAUAUUGUGAAUAACGCUUGAUGUGCUUUUGAUUCCUGUUUAGAAAAAUGGUACCUUUUAACAUCACGCAGCAUUUUGGCUUUGUAGAUGUUAUGUAAACAUUUUCUGUAUUGGAAGGGGGCAGUUGUUUGUCCAACACUGACAUCUGAAGCUUGUGCCAAUGUACUUUUACUGAAAUACUUUUCAUUUUCAAUAUAAAUCAAUGAAAAAUAUAUUAACUAAAUAAAGUUGUCAUGUUAACAAUAGAUUGCUGGACAAUUUUAGGCCAUCAGUAGUGCUCUAAUUCUUCUCUGAUAGAGCCCUCAAAAUUGACAGGCAUACUGCCAGGACAUGGUUGCCUUUUGUUUUGGUCUCUAAAUUUCAGAGAUGAUUUUAUUUUCUUCCUUGGGAUAACUUGAUUGUAUUCCUGGCAUCAUGGCAUAAUUAAGAGAAAUACAGCUUGUAAGCAGACAUAGUAAAAUUAGAUGAGAUUGCAGAUGCUUCACAGUUUUAACAUACAGUACAUUUUUGUGUGAAUAAUAUCCAUUCUUAUGUCUGGCAUUUUCUGAAUAUUUGCAUUAUAAAUUAGAAUAGUGCAAUUACUUUGUGUAUAAAAGUCAUCUAUACCUAGUAUACUUAAUCAGCACAGAAUAUAUAUGUAUAAAUGUUUCAUGUUAAUGUGAGAAAUUGCAAUAAAUUAUUUUUUCCACUGA